GACCGAACGAUUUCUAGCAGCAAGCUAAAUUUAUUACUCUGAUUUUACAAAGUCAAGACAACGGUGAGUUGACAGCAGAUUAGUUUGAACUGCAGAAAGUAGAAAGCCUGUAGUCAGCAACUCCUUUUACAGAGAUCAUAUCAGAGACGUUCUUCAAGUGCAGGAGAUUUCAUUAACCUGCAAAAAUGCAAGCUGUUCAUCAGUGUUCAGUGUGUGCCCGCCGUGCUGCUGGAGGAUUUCUGCGAAAUCACACAGACAUUUCAUUGCUGCAGACCAACAAGAGUGUGCUCAGAAGAGGAGCAUCCUGCAUCCGCGUCCUAAGCAGCUGUGAGAAUGUCCUGUUAAGCAGCAGGAAGCCAGGAGUCCAAGUGUCAGGGGAAUGGACAAACACUGCACACAUGAGUGUAGCAUCUUUAAGUGUUGCACGUGGGCUUUGUGCUGUUCCUUUUACACAGCAAGUGGAAAACCUUUCUCAUGACUCCCUGAUCAGAAGAGCAGCAUCAGUGAUUACAGACGGUUCAUGUACUUUCCUCUCCCAGACCACCUUGGCUCUCAUAGAUGCCCUUACAGAUUAUUCAAAGGCUGUGCACACACGCAUUGCUCUCCAAAGAAGGUAUUUGGCCUCACUGGGAAAACUGACCCCAGCAGAGGAGGAUUCGCUCCUGCAGGCGAUCAAUGGCCAGCGUGCAGAGGUUAGCAUCAGACUAGAUGAAUGCAAACGUUUUGAGUCAUCCUGGAUCAAUGCUGUCAACUUGUGCAAAAUGGCAGCGGAGGCAGCAUACACUUCAGGAGCUGAACAGGCGUCCAUCACAGUGAGGACGAACAUUCAGGUGGCCCAGUCGCAGGUGGCAGAGGCACAGAAACUGUCAGUGGAUGCAGAUAAGAAGUUGGCCGAGACUAAAGUAGAAGAGAUCCAAAGGAUGGCCGAAUAUGCCGCCUCCUUAGAUGAUAGUGAGGAGCAUGAGGUGCAUGAAGCUUAUCUACGAGAGGACUAAGAGAAAUAGGCAGAUGUUGGAAAACAGGAAAAAUAUGUUAAUUUCAUACUGCGACUUCAAAAGCUUUGAUCUUUCUACAUUUCAGUAUCCUAUUAUCUCUCUAUACUUUUUUGAGCCCAUAAGAUGUUGUUGACAAAGAAAAUCAAAUUUUAAGUAGGG